AUGAUUGCUAGCUUUGACAUCGGCCUGAUGGACUGGAGCGCAGGCGAAGGCGAUCUUGAGACAUAUCCCACUCAAUAUGAAGCCGGCAAGAUUCCCAUCCCACUCAAGUUAGGCGACGACCUUGCCAGGCCAAUCAGGCCACUCCCCAAGUUCAACAAGAUUAAGAAGAACUUGCCCGCCCCCGCCGAGCCCGCGCAAACGCCGAACACCCCUGCACCCGCCAGCCCUGCCCCAGUCACCUCCCAGCCCUCCUCCACUUCCGCCACACCUCGUUCAAAGCGGCCCAUACCUGCGGGCUACACGUUUGCAACUCGAUGGGGAGACUCGGUCCUCUUCUCGUACGGGAGCGACUACAGGCCGCCCUACCAUGAGAACGAGGUCUUCAAGGGCGAAGUCGGGGUGGACGCGUUGUACCGCAAGUUCGAGUACAUUCGUCAACCGAUGCCUUACGACGAGAGCUCGCCGCAUCUCAUGUUCGUUCGCAUCCCGCGGCUGGGACGCGAGGACUCGGACGAGUUCCGAGGUGCUUGGAGGGAGGACUGGGACGAGGAGAGGCUUUUACCGAUUGCCGAGCAGAAGAAGCGGCGUAAGGAUCGGGGAGAUGAGGAUCUCUCGAACGAGCUCAUCAAAGUCGGGUACUUCUCACGCCAGAAGGUACACGACGUCGAGAAGAUCCGCGUGCACGAUCUCAAGACCGACUACGAGGAGGCUGUUGCGCUGCUGCAGGAGGUUAUGCGCAAGAAGGAGUUGAAGGAGGGUAGCAUGGAGCGCGAGGUCAUCGACAAGAUGUUACUGCCGGACGCCAUCGUCUCCACGAUGUGGAAGUCUUGGGCACGCAUUCAUUGGUUCGGGGUUCUCACGGACGCCGAAUACCAGAUCUGCCAUCGCGUCUACCAACGUACCGCCGGAGAGACAGACGCAUGGCUCGACAUGAUGGCCAUGUUGCUCGGCCCAUCCGUCCGCAAACGCCCCAAUCAUGCUCUUUACCGUCGACUCAGCUUGGGCCCAUCACCCCGCCGAGGCUCUGUGUUUGCCGGGGACGACAUCGACACGUACCACGGGUUCUAUCACAAGCUGGGCCUGCCGACGUACGUCAACAUCGCCCACGAGGACUUGGAGCACGAUGUUCUCAAGAGCAUAAAGCUCAGCAACGCCGAUGGUUUGCGUUGCUCGGGGGAGGUCAGCGCGAAGCUAUCGACCAUCCAGCAAAAGACCCUCCCCUCGUCCUGGUAUCCACCACUCCACGCGGUUUGGGACGCAUUCGAGCCCCAGGCGCGUGGUUACGCACCGCGCGCGGAGAGCGAGGAGGAUUUCCGUCCGGCUGAGCUAGUUGUAGCCCGCAAGCGCAAAGCGGACAACGUCAUGCAAAACAAGAAGCGCAUCAAGGUCCUACAAGAACAAAGGGAAGAGCGGCGAGACGACAAGUACCAUCGCAUGCAAACCGACGUCGGCACAUCGCGGGAGCGGUACGCGAUGUACGCGAGCGUCUCACCUGCGUUCCGGCGCCAGUUCGACCGCCUCGCCACGCCACCUCCGAAAUGGCUUCCCACCGUCUACGCACCGUUCUUGCUGGCGGAAAGCCAAGUCCUAUCGCACGCCCAGAUCAGCAUCGUCGAGGACAAGGGCACCAGUGGGUCGCUGUGGACAUGGGUGCCCCCUCUCCACCUCAUGGCUUCGAAGGAUGCGAAGCGCAACGCGCGGACGCUCGUGAACGUCGUGCACGCGCUCCCACUGCUUCUCCUUCGGAUCAAGCUCGCGCGGACGGACAAGACCUACGGGCGUUUGGGUGUGAGGGGAUGGCGCAGGUUCUGCGCCGAUGUGGUGACGAAGGAGACAUUCUGGGGUGAGAAGGGCGGCCACAUCAACAAGGAGGUCUUACUGUCCCAGAAGGACUUCGAGCGCCUGCAGAAGCUGCCUGACGCGCAGCGCCCGUGGGGCAAGUUGCCGUGCGGUCACGAGGCGACGGAAGAUCUCCUGCUUGAUGACGAGCAGCUGCAGGCGAGCCUGUGCUACUCGCUCAAUCAGUGGGCAUUGCUCUACGCGUUGUGCGGGAUGAUAUCGGACGACGAUAUGGAGAAGGCCGGCAUCCCAGCGCUCGUCGACAAGGGCGGCGAGCAUCGGUCCCCCGACUUCGUGUACCUGGACAGUCAGAAGUCGACGCCUGCACUGGUCGCGGCGAGGGACGUGGCUAUGUACAGCCGGCCGAUCAACACGGACGGUUGGCCGGCGAUGUGGGCUCCCGACACUCUGAACGUCAAGCACCGACGUCACUGGCUCAAGAAAUUCGCGACCUUGCUCGCGCAUGCGAAGGGCCGCGCGGCGCUCGACAAGUACAUGCGCAAGCGUCCGCACGAGGCGAAUGCUUGGGACGGUUGGGCGCUGGGCAACAUCCUACGGGAUGCGAACCCUCAUCAGCCGUACACGCCUGAGCGGGAAGAGUCUCUCGAGGACCACCUGCUCCUGCGCUAUGCGCUCACGUCCCUCCAGACGUUGAAGCAAUGGCCAGUCGCGUUCUUCGACCGGCCGCGCGGUGACGUACACAAGUGCCGCCGAUGCUACGAAGAGGAGCGCCAGCAACGCGAGGAGGAGCGCAAGAAGAUGGAGGAGGAGGGUAGGACGGGCACGCUGGACACGGGAAUGGCGGAGAGAUUCGAGAACGACUGGGACGAUCUGUCGGAUGAGGGCUCGGAUGACUAG